AGUAAUAUAGAUGCGCAGGACUUUCGGUAUGCUAAAUGGAACAAUGUAACGGAUCGGAGUGACAGGCUUAACCGGUGGGUUACUUAUUAAUCCAGGUCCAGGCCGAUAUCCUACAUAAAGCAUGCUAACCAACACAGCUGCCUCAGGCAAACGGAGAGCAGAAUCCGGAUGGUAAUGACAGGUCGAUGCAGAAGAUUUUAGAGCGGCGCUCUUCCUUUCUUGGGACUUCGGCGUUUACGCAAGGUAACCCGAGGCCAAACUGAUCAAAUCUGAAGCCUUCAGUUCCGCUGCUUGUAACACUACCCGAGUACCGCAGACCUUUAAAUAAAUUGAGGGCGAAAAAAAGUUUACCACGUGGUGAAAGGUGAGACGUUUCCACCACACGGAGACUGUCCCAAACUAGUCUGAAAGAAGCGGUGAAGAGAAGAGCGUCUCUGCCAAGACCCCGGGAGGCGAACACAAGGCGAUUAUAAGGAGCUGCGGCAUUUCAGUUGGGGAACUUACACAGUUAUAACUGUUGACAGUGUCUGCACGAUUUAAGGAGUUAGUCAACUAUAUACACCUGAGAGUGACUUGUUUAAUGCCCUAGAAAGAGCCGACAAAUAGUUACUGGAUUUGUUUUCCUUUGAAGGAAAAAUUGAAUUGUGGCACUUGCUUUUUAGUUGGUUUCCAGAAAAAAACUGCAGUGGAUGGAGAGAAUUACCCUGACGCUCCAUAAAUACAGGCCAGAUCUCGAACACACCUGGGGAAGGGCCGUUCACCUGGCCUCAUAAGCAGCAUCCGAGGAGUAAACUGAAAACCCCACUCCUGCAUUCAACAGCCGUUUCAUUCGCCUGUCAAAAACAUACAUACUUUAAUGGGAUAAAUUAUCUGGAAGGCCAUCAGUAGGUGAAAAAGAUUGUUCCCUGCUUCCAAAGGCUAACAUUUCUCCUUUGUGACAUUAUCCUCUCAACCAUCCGUAUGGUACUCUGGUCGAAAGAGCAAGACAAACCGUCAGACAUGUCCAGCGGCGCGAUAGAAGCGAAGAAGGACGGGGCGCCGCCGGCCUACCACCACGCGAACGGGACAGUGCACCCCAUCAUCCUGACGGACAGCCCCGAGGAGCUGCGGCCCGAGGCGGGCGACUAUGAGCUCACAGAGGUCACCUCCUUCUCGGACCGGACUGAGCCGGAGAACGAGCGGUCCGAAAUGGUGGUCAUCGACUGCAGGGCCAACGCCAAGGGCCAGCGCGAGGAGGACGCUCUCCUGGAGAACGCCAGCCAAAGCAACGAGAGCGACGACACCAGCACGGACCAAAGCCCAGUGCCUUCUGCCCCGCUCAAAGAGACUUCCUUCUCUAUUGGACUUCAGGUCGUGUUCCCAUUCCUGCUGGCAGGUUUUGGGACUGUAGCUGCUGGCAUGGUUUUGGACAUUGUGCAGCACUGGACGGUAUUCACGAAGGUGACGGAGGUCUUCAUUCUGGUGCCCGCUCUCUUGGGGCUGAAAGGGAACCUGGAGAUGACCCUGGCCUCCAGACUGUCCACCGCGGCUAAUAUUGGACUGAUGGACACUCCCAAGGACAUGUGGAAGAUGAUCAUGGGAAACCUUGCACUCAUUCAGGUCCAGGCCACCGUAGUGGGGUUCCUGGCCUCCGUCGCGGCGGUCAUCUUUGGCUGGAUUCCCGAGGGGCAUUUCAAGAUCGGCCACGCGGUCCUGCUCUGCGCCAGCAGCGUGGCCACGGCCUUCAUCGCAUCCCUGCUGCUGGGGCUCAUCAUGAUAGGGGUGAUCAUCGGCUCGAGGAAGGUGGGCAUCAACCCGGACAACGUGGCGACCCCCAUCGCCGCCAGCCUGGGGGAUCUGAUCACCCUAGCUCUGCUGGCGGGCAUCAGCACAGGAUUGUACGAACAGCUGGAGCACAACGACUAUGCAAACCCGCUGGUGUGUGCCUUCUUUGUGGCCCUGACGCCCAUCUGGGUGCUGAUCGCCCGUCGGAUCCCCUCCACCCGAGAGGUGCUGUACUCCGGGUGGGAGCCGGUCAUCAUCGCCAUGGCGAUCAGCAGCAUUGGAGGGCUUAUCCUGGAUAAAACUGUGUCCAACCCCAACUUUGCUGGAAUGGCAGUCUUCACACCUGUCAUCAAUGGUGUGGGCGGGAACCUGGUGGCAGUGCAGGCCAGUCGGAUCUCCACAUACCUGCACAUGAACGGCAUGCCCAUGGUGGAGCCCAACCCCACACCGCAGAAGUGCCCCACCCCCUGCACCACCUUCUUCAGCUCGAAUGUGAACUCCCGCUCGGCCCGUGUCCUCUUCCUCCUUGUGGCCCCGGGGCACCUGGUGUUCCUCUACACCAUCAACUCCAUGCAAGGCGGACACACCACGCUCACUUAUGUCUUCAUUGCCUUCUAUUUGGCUGCUGCACUGUUACAGGUGCUGAUCCUGCUGUACCUGGCGGAUUGGAUGGUGCACUGGAUGUGGGGGCGGGGAAUGGACCCGGACAACUUCUCCAUCCCCUACCUAACGGCCCUGGGGGACCUGCUAGGGACCGGAUUCCUGGCACUGUGCUUCCACAUCCUUUGGCUGAUCGGGGACCGUGACACCGAUGUGGGCGACUAAACCUCCCCCCCCUCUUCCUACACACAACACUUUACCCCCCCACCUCCC